AUGCCGGGCAAACAGAUAACGGGUGCCAAAGAGGAGGUCUACGGACACAUGCGGAUGUCGUGGGCCAGGGAUAAGGGCCGACUGUUUUACGGUUUGCGCAAAAACUACUCCAUUUGGCCGCUACUGGUGUUUGCGUUCGGGUGCGCGCCCUCCUUCAUAGUCUACAUGGCCUUCCAUAAGGGCCGCAAUCCCGACACCAUUUGGACCAAUAAGAACACUGAGCCCUGGAAUGAUUGGUCCAACAAACGGGAAAAGUUGUUGACUUUUGUUGACUUUGAUUACAAGAACUAUAAGACAGGAAGACCUGACUUCGAGUAUAAAAAGGAUGAUAAAUAAGAAAUGUUUUGUCCGCAAAAAACAUUUACGAAAUGAAAAAUUGUAUCCAAUUAUUGCUGUCAUAACUGGUUAUUAAUAUUAGACAACCAAAAAAGUUUGUGUAAUUUUUUGUAUAUUCAUUAAUUGAGCGUUAAAUUUGAUUUUUCAGUAGUA